UCACUUUUAGUUGGGUAGCUUUGGGGAACUAAACAAAUGUGGGCAUUUUUAAUAAAUUAAUUUAUGCUUAAUUUAAACGAAACUAUCAGAUCUGAGUAGAAUAGUGAAGAGUAUGGAAGAGUUAUGAAGAUUUACUGAUAUUAACUAGAAUAUAAGUAGAAGUAUUUGGUAUUAAAUAAAGUAUUUUUCAAGAUUACCGGUUUAACCUAGAAGAGGUAUAAAAUGCUGGGAUUUGGGAAAAAGGGCUCCUCACAGCAAAAUGUAGAAAAACAAGAGACCCUUUUGACUUUAACGAUUCUCACAUUAGCUGCUAUACUUUCUUUUGCCACAAGACUGUUUUCUGUAUUAAGGUUUGAGAGCGUUAUCCAUGAGUUCGAUCCAUAUUUCAAUUAUAGAACAACUAAAUAUUUAGCUGAACAAGGAUUUUAUUCUUUCCAUAACUGGUUUGAUGAUAGAGCAUGGUAUCCUUUGGGGAGAAUUAUUGGAGGUACUAUCUAUCCAGGUUUGAUGAUCACUUCUACAGUUUUAUACCAUUUAUGUUGGUUGCUAAAUAUCACUAUAGAUAUAAGAAACGUGUGCGUAUUCCUUGCACCUCUGUUUUCCUCGUUUACAACAAUUAUAACAUAUUUGCUCACUAAAGAAGUUAAAAACUCUGGUGCUGGUUUAGUCGCAGCAGCUUUCGUAUCCAUUGUACCAGGAUAUAUUAGCAGAUCUGUAGCUGGCAGUUAUGAUAACGAAGGAAUUGCCAUAUUCUGUAUGUUGCUUACUUAUUAUACGUGGAUUAAAGCUGUCAAAACAGGAACUAUCUUUUGGGGGACUCUCAGUGCUUUGGCAUACUUUUAUAUGGUCUCCUCAUGGGGAGGAUAUGUUUUCCUCAUUAAUUUAAUUCCUUUGCAUGUUUUGACCUUGAUGGCAACUGGACGCUUUGGACAUCGAAUUUAUAUUGCUUACAGUACUUUAUAUUGUGUAGGAACAAUCUUAUCCAUGCAAAUAUCCUUUGUUGGAUUUCAACCUGUUCAAAGUUCAGAACAUAUGCUAGCACUGGGUGUUUUUGGACUAUGCCAAAUAGUUGCUUUUGUAGAUUACACGCGCAGUAAAUUGUCUGCAUCGGAGUUUGAAACACUCUACACCUUCCUCAUCUAUACAGUUGGUAUCCUAACAGUAGUAGUUGGAGGUGUUUUGACAGUAUCGGGAAAAAUUUCGCCAUGGACUGGAAGAUUUUAUUCUUUAUUAGAUCCCUCUUAUGCCAAAAACCAUAUUCCUAUUAUUGCUAGUGUUUCUGAGCACCAACCUACGUCUUGGAGUUCGUUUUAUUUUGAUUUGCAGAUAUUGGUCUUCUUGUUUCCUGCUGGGUUAUAUUUUUGCUUCAAGGAGUUGACUGAUGCCAACAUUUUUAUGAUUUUAUAUGGGAUAACCAGUAUAUAUUUUGCAGGUGUUAUGGUUCGUUUGAUGCUUGUCCUAGCCCCAGUUAUGUGUAUUUUAAGCGGCAUCGCCGUGUCACAUUUACUUUCAAAGUUCAUGAGAAAUAUCGAAGGAACAAAACCAGUUGAAAAUAAAAAAUAUAAGAAAGUUGAGGCAAACUCUACUUUUAAGAAUGAAACAUCGUCGAUGUUUGUCGUCGUCAUUACCGUCCUGUUAAUAUCUUACACAUUCCACUGCACUUGGGUCACUUCUGAAGCUUAUAGUUCACCUAGCAUAGUUCUUAGCGCUAGAUCUCACGAUGGAGGCAGAAUCAUCUUUGAUGACUUCAGGGAGGCUUAUUAUUGGUUAAAAAUGAACACUCCAGAGGAUGCUCGAAUCAUGUCAUGGUGGGAUUACGGAUACCAGAUAACAGCCAUGGCGAAUCGGACAAUUCUUGUGGAUAAUAACACUUGGAACAAUACUCACAUCAGCAGAGUUGGUCAGGCUAUGGCUAGUACCGAGGAAAAAGCCUACGAAAUUAUGAAAGAACUCGACGUCGAUUAUGUUUUGGUUAUAUUUGGAGGCCUGACUGGUUAUUCUUCAGACGAUAUUAAUAAAUUCUUGUGGAUGGUGCGAAUAGGUGGAAGUACGGAUAGAGGAGCACACAUCAAAGAAUGGGAUUACUAUUCUCCUAGCGGCGAAUUCAGAGUGGACAAAGAGGGAUCACAAACGCUAUUAAAUUGUCUUAUGUACAAAAUGUGCUACUAUCGAUUUGGCCAAGUGUACACCGAAGGUGGCAAACCUCCAGGUUAUGACCGUGUUCGCGGUGCUGAAAUUGGUAACAAAGAUUUUGAACUCGACGUUUUGGAAGAAGCCUACACAACUGAGCAUUGGCUAGUUAGAAUUUACAAAGUCAAGGAUCUUCCAAACAGGGGUGUAUAAAUAUUUUUAUUUAAAGGUUUUUGUAUUUUUUUUUUCUAAUGUAUUAUACACAAUAAAUUUUUUUAUUACAA